AUCCAUCCUUUCUAUUUUCUGCAGGCGACCCAUCUCAUAAAUACCGGAAGCUAAGCGAGCUCUAAAUUCUCUCCACCCAUAAGUUAAACCCUGAGCAAAAGAAUCCUCACCAGCUACUUACUUACAAUGAUGAUUUCAACAGCUAUCUUGCUCUGCUUCUUAUUGGCGAGUAGUGCUCUGUUUCGUCGUGCUGAUGGCGGGUUCAUACCGGAUUUCCUCAAAUCCGGAUGGGAGCAACAGCACGAAUUGCUGGUUAUGGCGGCUCCCCUGGUUGGUAUGAUGCUGUUGGUUCUGGUUUGCCUCGUCGGAAGGGAAUGCAAUCGUGCCGACAGAGAGAGAAAGGCGGCCGCCGUCGCCAGAACAGCGGCGCUUGCCAAUCAUGGAGUGAUUAUGAGGGCAGCGCCAGCUGCUGUUGCUGCGACAGGCAAUGGAGGAUUCGUCGGUCGCCGCGUUUGAUAUCGAUCGAUGUUUCAACUGCGUAUAAUACCCAAGUCCAUGUCAUUACUGAAUUUACGAGGGAGACGUUAUACAUAACUGAAUUUACGAGGGAGCUUAUCUAUGUAUGCCAGCAACAUAACUGAUAAAUUUUGAUCAUCUUUCAAAAUUACAAACAAAUAUUGUGGCUUGUUCUUCAGGUCAUUUUGUUUGUGUUAUGUGAUUCAUAACGAGACUUUUGGCUGGAAAUUCGUUAUUAUUAUACUUAUUUGUGUUUGUUUUUAGUUAAGUAUUUGAUUCAGUUGUAGUUAUUAUUUAGGAAUCAUAUUAAAUAUUAGGAUUAAAA